ACCACAAAAUUCUUAAAUAUUCGUUUUUAACAUGUUAAAAUUAAUACAAAAUUCUAUUAACGUCUUUGAAAGUGUUUCCUCAGAUACCAAAUGUGCCGAAAUACAUUACUUUACCUCCAACUUUAAUAUUGUUUGCGUAAUGUGCCAAGAACUCUACCAGGAGUACCAUCAUUUUCUAAAACAUUUCCAGGAUCGACAUUUCUAUGAGUUUAGGCGUAGUUUGUACAACACACAUGAUAAAGAGCUUACACAAAAAUGUGUUAAACAGGAGUUACAUAAAGAGUUGUUAACUCAAACUCCAGUGGUUGAGGAAGCAGAAGAAAUAUUUGAAGAUUAUAGUACAUAUAACGAAUUGUUGUAUUGUAAGGUGGAAGAUGGUCAGGAAAGGGUGAUGGGAAAUCUGUCUUCUAAUGAACACCAAUUAAAUGUGCCAGAUAUUAAUAGUGUCGUAAAUGAUGUUGAAGAAGAGGAGAAAGACAACGAAGUCGAUUGGUCCCAUACAUUUCCUCCCACACACCUAAAGCUAAAUGAAAAACGAUCCUAUAAACCACGAAAUCAACCAAACAGCUGCACUUAUUGCGGUAAAACAUUUCGUAGACGUUACCAGCUGGACACACAUCUUAACAUACACACGGGACGUAAGCCACAUCAAUGUGAUGUUUGCGGUCGGCAAUUUCGUGCCAUAACAACGCUACAGCGCCAUUUGAAUACACAUGAGAAACGUCAAACAUUUACAUGUCAAUUUUGCUGCAAAGAAUUUUCCCAUCGAGCCGCCUUAGUCAGCCAUGAGACGCGUCAUACGCAAGAGCGUUGUAUACCCUGUGAAGAUUGCUCCAAAAUGUUCUAUACGCAAAAUCAAUUGGACACCCACAAACGUAAAUUGCACAAUAAAUCGGAUGAUUUUAGUUUACCCUUUGCUUGCGAUAUGUGUGCGAAACGUUAUCGCAGUGCCUCCAUGCUGAGUACACAUAAAUUUAAGAAGCACUAUAAAACGGCCAGGUUUUCAUGUGAACAAUGCGGCAAGAAAUUUGUGGAACAAUGUCAAUUAAAUAAUCAUAUGAGUAUACAUUUUAAGAAAAGUUAACAUAUAGUUUAAAGCAAAUAAGAGCGCUAUAUUCGGCUGUGUCGAAUAUUAUCUUAUCAAAGUAUACUUUAAGAUAGAGAUUGAAAAACAAAUUUGUUAAAAAUGCAAUUUUUGCCGAUUUGACCCUUUGUCGGUCCGAAUUUCAUUACACGACUUAGUAAUCGAUAUUUAGGUGAACAAAUAGUCGUGACUUUUUUUGCUUUUAUCGAUUUUAAAUGGCAACUGAACUAGAACUUACCCGACAUAUUUAUGUAUCAAUCAUGGUUGUAAGUUAUUUGGGGGCUUCGGAAGAUUUAUUUAACAGACAGACGUACAUACAUGUUUUUAUCGACACCGGUAUUUAUAACGAUCCAGU